AUGCUGGACUGGAGAUUGGCAAGUGCACAUUUGAUCCUGACUAUGACACUGAUUCUGUGGAGCUCAGGAAAGGUGCUCUCAAUGGAUGUAGUAACAGAGGCCUUUGAUUCUGCAGUUGUAGAUGUGCGGUCAGCACCCACAGUCAGCGAAGAGAAAUCAGCCACUGAUCUGGCAGCAAAAAUCUUACUUCUUGAUGAACUGGUGUCCCUGGAAAAUGAUGUGACAGAGACUAAAAAGAAAAGGAGCUUCUCUGGUUUUGGCUCUCCCCUCGACAGACUCUCAGCUGGAUCUGUAGAUCAUAAAGGUAAACAGAGGAAAGUAGCAGAUCAUCCAAAAAAGCGAUUUGGUAUCCCCAUGGAUCGGAUUGGUAGAAACCGGCUUUCUAAUUCCAGAGGCUAA